AUGGGUAUUCUCGCCUUUUCCCUCCUGCUGGGUGUUGCCGCCGCUUCACCCAGCGGGCUUCGAUGCCGAGAAGGCUCGCCAAUUUUAAAUGUCCCAGAGUCUGCGUGGGCAUCUCUCAAUGAGAAGGUAUCGGGCCGUUUGCACGCAGGUCGUCCUUACGGUCUGCCUUGCUUUGAGACAUACCAGAACUCGACCGGGACAUUUCCCAACACGCCUGACUUGGCGCGCUGCUCAACUAUCCAGUCGGGUCUGACGAAAUCUGACACUCUGGUCGCCGACUUUGGUUCUUAUCACAGUGCCUCAUUUGGCUCUUGCAUGGCUACUGGCGAGCACUGCACCCUGAGCCCUAGCAUUCUCGAGAACCCUAAGCAGGGCAUUUGCCACCAAGGAAGCGUGCCCGACUAUUACGUUGAAGUCACCGGCGUGGAGGACAUCCAAGCCGCUCUGAAUUUUGCUAACGUGCAUGAUCUUCCCAUCACAAUCAAGAAUACCGGUCACGACUACAAGGGUCGAAGUGCCGCCCCAAACACCUUUGGAAUCUGGACUCACAACCUCCGUCCCGAGAUUAAAGUCGAUGAACAAUUCACUCCCGAAGGUUGCAAGGAGCCUGUUGGAGCUGCAAUUACGUACGGCGCCGGCGAAAUGUGGGCCGGUGUCUAUGACUUUGUUCGGGACUCUGGCUAUCUGGUUGUGGGCGGCACAUGCCCAACUGUUGGCGCUGCAGGCGGUUGGAUCCAGGGAGGAGGUCAUGGGCCUUACUCACCUACCUACGGUCUGGGUGUUGACAAUAACAUGCAGAUGAAGGUAGUUCUUCCUAAUGGAACCUUUGUGACUGCAAACAGGUGCCAGAACCAGGACAUCUACUUUGCCCUGCGAGGCGGUGGCGGCGGCACAUUCGGUGUCGUUACGGAGGUUUCUACCAAAGUUCACAAGGACACUGCUUUCACGUUUGCCAGUCUUGGAAUGGCCAUCCCAACCGGUUCUCAAGCAAUCACCGAAAUCUUUGUCAAAAACGCCAAUAAAUGGGCUGAGGAGGGCUGGGGUGGUUACCUAGGCUUUGGUGCCGGCAACACCGUCCUUUUCAUCGGUAUCACUCCUAAGAUCAGUGUUGAGCAGGCCCAAGAAUCGCUCAAGCCGAUCUACGAGUACUUCGACUCGGUUUCGAACGGUGGCGCCAUUGCCUAUCGCAAGAAUAUUAAAAGUCUUCCCAGCCAGGCUGCCUUCCAGAGGACACCCGAGUCUAUCGCUUUUGGAUCCAAGGAUAUUGGAUCCAUGAUCGCUCAGUCAUCUAGACUCGUCCCUAAGGAGACUUUUGAAGACGAGAAGACCCAAAAAGCCCUUGUCGAUAUCCUCGUGCAGAAGGGCAUCUAUGGAGCUCUUCUCGUUACCCCUUCUGCGCAUGAGCUGGCAGAAUCCGACAAGACUGGAAAUAUUGGCCAGUCCGCCCUGACUCCUGUCUGGCGAACCUCACCCUGGCAUCUGGUUUACCAGACAAUAUUUGAUCCGGCUGACGCGACAAAGACCUCGUCUGAGGCUCUCACUAAGAUCUUUAGCGACGUGAGCAAGGACAUGGACAAGAUCCGCGAGAUCACCCCUAGCGGAGGCGCGUACAUGGGGGAGGGUGAUACUUUUGAGCCCAACCACAUUGAGAGCUACUGGGGCCAAGAAAACUACAACCGUCUUCUCAAGAUUAAGAAUGAGGUUGACCCCAAGAACCUUCUGUCUUGCUAUAAGUGUGUUGGCUGGAAGGAGACCGAAGACCGCCACAAGUGUUACCCCAAGAUUUAA